CUGACAUAUUUAUAUCAAAUAAAGUGGAAUUUAGUUAGAAUUAUCUAAGAUAUUGACACUUAAAUUUUUAGUGGCUACGAUAUGCAACAUAAAUUUAAACCUGAUUUAAAAAAAGACAAAUACCCUCACGAUAUUAAAUGCAUCUCAACAGAAAAGUCGUUACCCAAUAUUAAUAAAAUCAACAACCUCAGCAAAACGCCUCAUGUUCCACAAUCCUUUUCUCCUUCUCUAUAUUUCCACAAGGACAAACUCAUUUCUCAUUCUACAACUCUGACGCAAAUGAAUACACAUAAAUUCGACAAAUCAUCACGCUCUCAUCCUUCAUCUUCACCGAAGUUUUGUUUUGGUUCAUUAGAUUCCCCCUUUGAUAAUCAAAUUGAUAUUGGUAACGAUUGUGAAAGUCUUGAAUAUCACAAUUACUUAGAUAAUAACACAAACGUGCAGGCCGGCAAAAUGCAUUACACAACUAACCGUCUUCUUCAUAGUUUCGCGUAUUUCCGAGGGGCACCUGUCGAGAUGAAAAUUUUGAACAGAGGCUCCAUUUCGGGACUUUUUGUUUCGGUCGAUCCAGCCUUCUCCAAAGUUAUACUCGAAUUCCCUUCCCACAUGCAAGAAAGCAUUGAGCCUGCCUCAGACUUGGAUCCCAAUAUCGACUCGCUAUCAAUUGGAGAUGUAACUAAGACCAAUUUUGAACACGAUUCAGAAAGUUUCGAAGACCACUCCAGUAAAAAAUUUAAUUUUACUGGAGAUGAACGUCUUGUGGCCUACGACAUUCAGCAGGAGUUAGAAUUUUUAACGGCGUAUGACCUAAAUUUGACGAGCCUUUCUUCCUAUCCACGCAAAUCUGUACAAUCACACACACAAAAAUAUGGCAAUAACCCCAAAACACCUUUUAUGAUUGAUUCCCAAAUAUCAGAAAAAAAUAGGCAAACCCUUUAUAAUAAAACAUCGAACCAAAGUCUAAAGGCUGAAAUUAUUGAUGAUGUAUAUCUUUCUCCACUGCAAACAAGUGACCCUAGCUCAGAUAACUCUGUUGGAACAAAAGAACUGCAACCUUGGCGAGAUGAUGACGAAUACGAAUUGGAAGGUGUUCUUGGGAAAGAUGAUUCAUUGUUGACUGGAACACCGAUAGAUAACCAAGAUAAUGGAGGAUGGCAGGUAGAAGAAAUGUUUGCUACAAACGAACUCCGUUUUGGUCUACAUUCAACUUACACGGAGGACUUACCGGAUUAUACUACUCGUUUGGAAGUUUUUGACACGCCCGAAUACAAGGAAAGGGAAGCCAGAGCAACCCGAUUAGCAGCCGAAAUCGAGUCUAACUCGGCCUACCAAAAGCGAGUCGCGUUAGAGAAUGACGACAAUGAAAGGGAACUUGAAGAUACUCUAUCAAAUUUCGUUACAAAAUCACCAAUAUUGGGAGUCGAAAAUAGUCUCAAGACACAAGUGGUGACUGGAGUCGGGGGCGCCUGGAAAAGAGCCAGGAAAGGAACGAGCGAUAAUAUAACGGUAUCUGCAUUUAGUUCAAACAAUAGUUUAGACGGAAAAUAUAGGGCCACCGUGGGACCACCAUUAAAGUUUCACGAUCACCAGCAUCAACAAGGUGGCAUUGGUGGUAAAAGGAGGAAUUCCACCACUAGUAAAUAUAGCACCCUUCCCCAGAUGAGUUAUAAUAAUAAUGUAGGUGGUAAUAAUAACGGCGUUUUUUCUGCAAGCAGAAAGUCAAAAGGAGUAUCAAACUAUCAACCAUACAACAGCAGACAAUUUCCGCAAACGGAAUAUCCCGGACCCAAUAACUAUAGAGAAAAGUUUAAUAACAACUACUCCCUUCAUAACACUUCGAGAUUCGGGGAUGACAGGUUUAGGACUCCCAAUCGACUUAACACUCCCACUGCACUACCAUUGACCUUUUCUAGUAAUAAUGCUAGCAACACCCGAAAUAUUAAAACUUUUAUUCCAAAUUCCAACAAUUUCAAAGAGAACAAUCAGACAACAAAACAGCAUGAACAAGGGGAUGAUUUUGACAAAUAUUAUGUCGAUAUUAGCCCUUCUCCCGAAUCGGGUAAAUUGACAAUGUUGGCUAGUCAAAGCUCGAAAGAUACACCUUCUAAAUAUGCCAAUACCCAUGUUAAGACUUUGAAUGAAAAUGACGAUAAUCGAGAUAUCAAAAAAUGCAUCGAUGUUGUAAAUCCUUUUGAUGAAGCGAUUAAAUAUAAUAGUGAUAAGAUAGAGGCGCCCUCAGCGAAAGAUAUGACAAUUGACGCCAGCAAAAUGCUUCUUUUUUCAGAUAUAAUUUCUGCUACAACUUCAUCAAUCAAAGACGUCAAAAUUCUUGAAGCCGAAAAAAUAUUAAAAUCUUCCAAAUUAAAUCCUAAUGCGGUUGCAUAUGUUCCCAAAUCACUGCCUUUUGUUGUUGAAAAUAAAUCAUUUUCCAAUAACAAUGCAUAUGCUAACCAUGAUAACCAAAAUAAUUUUCAUUCACCUAUAACUCAAGGUGCACAAUUUAACUCCGAAAAUGUCUCCAACAAUGUUAAUAUACCACAAAAUCAAAUUGUAAAUGAGCCUAAUUUGGAUUACUCUGGGGCUUAUUACUAUCAGAAUAUGGGUGGAUCCUCGUUUUUACCCGUCAUGAUAAACAAUUCCACGAACGCUACUCCCAUGAAUGAUUCAUCUCAGUCAUCUAUGAUGAGCUAUCAAAACUAUGUAAACAUUCAACCGUCUUCUAUCAACAACGAUCCACAGCCUGGCCAUAAUUUCCCAAUUUUUAGUCAGUCCUUUAUACCAGCCGCUCAGAACGGGUCACUCGAGUCUCCUAUAAAUUCAAAUCUGAUUUCGAGACUCAAUAGUAAUAUGGUUAAUAUAGCCUACCCUCAUUUGAUCCAUUCGAACGUCCUCAACAAUCAAGCCCCUUUAUCUGCACGUGUUCCCCAGCAACAGCAAUAUUAUAUACUGGUUCAAAACCCUUCCUUACCUGUCAACCAUGCGACUCAAUCGAAUAAUUCUCUUCUCUUGCAAACACCCGGUGUAGCCACGGCUAAAAUAAUCUACGACCCUUCAAAAGGUCCUAUCAUGACCCCUUAUCACCCUCAGCAUCAAUAUCCCAACACACCUCCCCAGCUUGUCUUAGGCGGGGCAGGGAACCAAUCUUAUCCACAAUCCCCCAUAAUUUUACAAACUACGCCUUCUUUACCUCCUUUGUCUAACAAUCACAAUUAUAAGCAACAACAUGACUCUGCUAAUCCUCCCACCCUGAAUCCCCAUAAUGUAUCAUGCUCCUAUCUUACACCUAUGGGGGUGGCUCCUCCCCAACAGCCAAAAGUUUGGAUUGUUCCAGCUUAUGGAGGUGCUGGUGGCAUAGUUGUUCCAUAUCCGCAAGCUGCCGCCAUGCACCAUCCACAACAAAACUUUGCCGUCAAUAAUACAAAUAUACAACCGACGAUACAACAUAAUCAUCCCCAACAUCAAAUGGUUCACUUGCACCAACAACAAAUACAUCAGCAGCAACAACAAAUGCUUGUCCGGCCUCCCCCACUUCCCAUGCCCUCAGUCUCAUUUGCAGCAUUCAUUCCUCCUUCCCAAUAUCCGCCGUUACCACCCAAUUUGCAUCAGCAGCUAGGGACCAAUUCUUCAAUUUCAUCGCCUCUGGGUGUCACUCCAUCCCACGUCCUUCUCAAUUAUAACGCUAACCAGGAACCCUUUGGGUCCCCUUUCAAUAAUGUGACAAAUCUUAAUACCACUAACGUUAGUACUGUCAACAAAGAUAACAAAAAUUUGCUCCCUUCUCAACACCCCUAUCAGGCACUUAUCAUGAACAAUAGCAACAGACCUAUAUUCGCUGGAUCGGCCUCUUAUCAAAUCAAUAACAAUUAUUCUGCCCCUUUACUGCCACCACCUCAGCAUUUGAAUUCCCCCAUCAACAAUGUCGUUACUUACCAACCCAUCAAUCAGCAGCACCCGUUUAGAAGCGUAAAUGGGCAGAAUAAACAGUUAAGAUAUGACGAAAAGAAUAGUGUAAUACCUCCACCCACACUAACCAAAACCAGAAGUCUAACAUUUGGUGAUGAUAAUAAUUUUGUUAAAUCAGGCAAUUCCCCCGACAAAAUUGACCAUAAUUCUAUUAUAUCUUCCGUAAAAAAUCUUUCGCUCAAUCACGACCACAGCAUCAUCAAUGUUAACGAAGAAUACCUAUCCCGGAAUCAACUCACCCCCUUACUUGUUAACAUUCAACACGCCGAGUCCCAAAACAAUAUCAUAUUUAACCCUAAUAAUUUGAAGAGUUCGGGCGAUCGUUUGGAUAGAUUAGAUUUUCAUAAACAAGAAGAUUCCAAAGGAUCGAAAUCCCCCAUUUCUUCAUCCCCCCAUUCCCUAUCCAAAUCAAGUAGCCCAUCUAACUUGUCUCAUAAUGUAUCAUCUCACCGUAAUUACAACCCAAAUCAAAAUAAUAAAAGAUUUAACCUAAAAAAUAAUUAUAAAUACUCUUCCGCAUCUAACAUUUAUAAAAACUCUAAUCCUGAAAAUAAGGGCAAAAAUUUGCACCCUAAUUUGUCUGCCUUGAAUAUUCCUCAUCAUCAAUCCCCUAAAAAUGAAUAAUUUAGAUCCUUUUUAUAUUU